AUGGAGGAUUCAGGCAUCCAGCGGGGCAUCUGGGAUGGAGAUGCCAAGGCUGUCCAACAAUGUCUGACAGAUAUUUUUACCAGCGUUUAUACAACCUGCGACAUCCCUGAGAAUGCUAUAUUCGGUCCCUGUGUUCUGAGCCAUACUUCCCUGUAUGACAGCAUAGCUUUCAUAGCUCUCAAGUCCACUGAUAAGAGAACAGUACCUUAUAUCUUUCGGGUAGACACUUCAGCGGCAAAUGGUUCCUCAGAAGGUCUCAUGUGGCUGCGGCUGGUCCAAUCAGCCAGAGAUAAAGAAGAACAGAACCUUGAAGCCUAUAUAAAAAACGGACAGCUGUUUUACCGCUCUCUCCGCAGGAUUGCCAAAGAUGAGGAAUUACUAGUUUGGUACGGGAAAGAACUGACUGAGUUACUCUUACUCUGCCCCUCUAGAUCCCACAACAAAAUGAAUGGCACGCCGCAGCAGUACCGCGCUUCUGGCAGCUACUUCAGCCUGGAAGAAAACGGCCGCCUCUUCGCGCCACCCAGCCCCGAGACCGGCGAGGCGAAGCGCAGCGCCUUCGUGGAGGUGAAGAAGGCUGGCCGCGGGGCCGGCCUGCAGGAGGAGGCGACUGUGGAUGGUGGGAGCACCACUGCCGAGGAUCACGACGCAGGUGGUGGCGGUGGCUCUUCCACGCCAGCGGCUGCGUCUCCGGCAGGCGCGGAGAAGCUGCUGGCCCCGCGGCCUGGGGGCCCGUUGCCCAGCAGGCUGGAGGGCGGUAGUCCCGCGCGGGGCAGCGCCUUCACUUCGGUGCCACAGCUGGGCGCCUCCGGAGGCAACGGCGCAGGGGGCGGCGCUGGGUCAGCAGGUUCAGGUAGUGCGGGCGGUGGCCAGGGCGCAGCAUCCGACGAACGCAAAAGCGCCUUCUCGCAGCCGGCGCGCUCCUUCUCACAGCUGUCCCCGCUGGUGCUGGGCCAGAAGUUGGGCGCGCUCGAGCCCUGCCAUCCCGGCGAUGGCGUGGGUCCCACCAGACUCUACCCGGCCGCUGCUGACCCUCUGGCAGUGAAGCUCCAGGGGGCCGCGGACCUGAACGGAGGUUGCAGGGCCCUGCAGACUGGCGGUGGCAGCCUGCCCAAGCAGAGCCCCUUCCUCUAUGCCACAGCCUUCUGGCCCAAGAGCUCGGCGGCGGCUGCAGCUGCGGCUGCCGCGGCCGCUGGGCCCCUGCAAUUGCAGCUGCCGUCGGCGCUCACACUGCUGCCGCCCUCCUUCACCUCGCUGUGUCUGCCCGCGCAGAACUGGUGCGCCAAGUGCAACGCCUCUUUCCGCAUGACCUCCGACCUAGUGUACCACAUGAGGUCGCACCACAAAAAGGAGUAUGCGAUGGAGCCCUUGGUGAAGCGGCGGCGGGAGGAGAAACUCAAGUGCCCCAUUUGCAAUGAGUCCUUCAGGGAGCGCCACCACCUGUCUAGGCACAUGACCUCGCACAAUUGA